ACAACAUGCUGCUUAUCUUUUCUCUCCUGUUGUAUUUGUGUGAGAGCUCAGCUGUGUUUACAGUGAAACCACCGCCUUUAACAUUGCCUCCAAAACGCUCGGCUUCUUCCACCAUUGUUUCUUCAACGGCGGCUCCUGGAGACCCUCCACCGCACCCAUCAUCCUCCCCAGAAACGCUCUCUCUGCAGCUGGAGGCCAUCCCAGACUACCCCGUUGCAGAAGGUCAAAGAGUCAACCUGCACUGCAAAGCAUCCACCAUGCCAGGCUCUGCCCAGUGGUCCUGGCAACGCCUACGAAAUCACACUUGGCACGAGAUGAAAACCGGUGGGGAUCUGACCCUCACCGAGCCAGAGCAGAGCGGGCUUUACCGCUGCCGUGCAGAGAGGCAGUUCUCUCAGAACCACGCCGUCUAUAUAACCUCCAUGCAGACAACAGUCAGUGAGUAUUUCGGAAUCGCUGCCUUUGUCCUUUCUCUCCUGGCCUUGAUCAUCAUCUCUGCUCAUCUUUUUUGGCUGAGCUACCAGAGACUUGAUGCCACAUUAACCACUCCCAACAUUGCAGCUCAAGGUUUUCCUGGACCUGAAAAAUCACCAAAGGGAGGUUUGCCACAUACUGAAUGUGGCGGAGAUGUGUACAUGAAUUACACAAACACCAGCCAAGCCUACACUGAUCUGGACCCCACCAAUAUGACUCGGGAAGAUUUGUACUCAAGUCUAUCAUGAAGGAUCAUGUGAAGGAUGCAAAAAAAAGACCAAAAAAGCUAUUUGUCCAUCGGUAGAAUAUCUGGAGAAAGAACUCAGCAUUACCUUGAACACAAGCUAUUUAUCACAAUCUGAAUGUGGUAAAAAUGAUACAAAUGUUUCCACAAAAUACAAAGAGGCCGUUCCUCUUAUGUUUGUACAAUUUGGAUUAAACUUGUAAUUUGCUCGUGU